UGGCUAUCAGUACGUUCUGCGACUUCUGCGGCGUUGGUUGAAUUUCAACAGAGUGCGAAAUAUAUUUCUACUUUUUUAUAUUUAAUAAAUAAUAAUUAUAAUGUCUGGAAUAUUGCCGGCUACCUACGUCAAGGGUUUCCACAAUGAAGAGCAAGUCAAGCGUAUGGAAUAUCGUAAAUUAGGCAAAACUGGCCUGGAAAUCUCGAAAAUCUCUUUCGGUGGGGGAGCAUUGUGUAGAUUUUAUGGGUUUGAUCUGGAUGAGGCAAUUAAGACAGUGCAUGCGGCCUUGAAAUCGGGUAUUAACUAUAUAGAUACAGCUCCAUUCUAUGGUCAGGGUCAAUCGGAAACUGUGCUGGGAAAAGCGCUCAAAGAUGUUCCCCGAGAUGCGUAUUAUAUUGCCACCAAAGUGGCUCGCUAUGGAAGUGACUUUGAGAAUAUGUUUGACUUCAGUGCCAAAAAGACACGGGAAAGUGUCGAGAAUAGUUUGAAACUGUUGGGUCUGAAUUAUUUGGAUGUCGUGCAAAUCCAUGACAUUGAAUUUGCAGAGAGUUUGGAUAUUGUUCUAAACGAAACGUUGCCCACAUUGGAGCAGCUGGUUAAAGAGGGCAAACUCAAGUAUAUUGGUGUCUCCGCUUAUCCCAUUUCCCCGUUAAAGGAAUGUAUAUCACGAGCUUCCGGAAGAUUUGAUACGGUUCUCUGCUACUCUAGAUACACUUUGACCGAUCAAACUCUGUUGGAUUACUUGGACUUUUUCAAAUCGCAAAAUCUGGGAAUCAUUUGUGCUGCAGCCCAUGAUCUGGGUCUUCUAACAAAUGCUGGACCCCAGCCUUGGCAUCCUGCCAGUGCUGAGCAAAAGCAAUUUGUACGCCAAGCCUCCGAUUAUUGUAUUAAAAAUGGAGUUGAACUCGGCAAAUUGGCCAUGUACUAUACCCUGAAGUUGAAAGAUGCAUCGACUUUUCUAACUGGCAUGCAGACAACUCAAUUAUUGCAAGUAAAUUUGGAUGCCUUUUACAAUGGACUCAAUGCCAAGGAGCAGGAAGUGUUUGAUCACUUGACCAAAAACAUUUUCACCAAGCCUUUCAAUUGGGAAGGCAACGAACUGGCAAUCUACUGGGCCGCCUUAAAAAAGAAGUAAACCUUGCCAUAAUUCGCCUCUGUUUUGUUUGCCUUUGAUUUGACCUAGAAAUGAACUUUAAUAACUUUAAGACAAAAAAUAAAUCAAAU